AUCGCCUUUCUCUCCAUUCUGUUCAAAUCACAGUGGGUAAAAGAUUUUCACCUUUCACAAAUUUUAUUUUUAAAAAAUUCACGCUUCCGCCAUGUUUGUGUUCCCACGGCCACUCAUCAGGAAUUCUUUGUUGAUUUUAAUCACGGUCGUGGUUUUGUUUUGCAUCAAAGACAACCUCUUUGAAUUAUUGACUGAUAUGUCGUUCUUUCCAGAUGACAAUGAUUUAAAUAAACAUGCUUCAACAACUCAAUCUUCUACGGGGAAAAGUACGACGAAACGAGAGUUAAUGCUUGUACAAAUGUUGUUCCGUCACGGUCACCGUGCCCCAUUUAUGCUGUACCCAUACGAUCCCAACAGCGAAGACGACUGGAAAGAAGGAAUGGGAAUGCUUACGCAGUUAGGAAGACUUCAACAUUAUGCAAUGGGCGUUCACUUGCAGCAUAGAUAUAAAGAUUUCAUAACAACCAAUCCUAAAGAGGUCGAAAUGAUUAACUCGAACAAUUUCCGAUGCCAAUACGGUGUGUACUGCUUUAUUGCGGGGAUGUAUGCGCCAACCAAAGAAUUCAGUUUCACUGAUGAGAUUAGGUGGCAGCCAAUCAUCAGUAGACAAGCCGAUUACAAGGGAAAGGCAGUCUUAACAAGAGGAAGAUGCAGGAUUUCUGAUGAGGAAUCAUAUGCAUUGAAGCGCAGCGUCGAAGCCAACAGAACCAAAGAGAAGUACCAUGACCUCUACAAUUUUUGGUCAAGGAAUUCUGGACGAUUGAUAGAUAGUUGGGUCCUGGCUUCAGAUUUAGGAAAAACACUGGCUUGUGAGAAAGAAUAUAACCUAACCAUUCCAGAGUGGGGCCUCAAAUACUGGGACGAGUUUUCAAUGCAGACUGGAAUUGCUUAUUACUUCAAUUAUGGCACUAAACUUAUUCAGAAAUAUCGAAUAGGACCUUUACUUGGUUAUAUGUUGGAAAAAAUAGAUGAUAGAAUAAACCAAACAAUACCAGAGAAGAAAGUGUACAUCUACUCAGCUCAUGGUAGUAACAUCGCUUGUCUGCUUCUUGCCUUGGAUCAAUACAAUUGGAAAGGUCCUCCUUAUGCCUCAACCAUAAUCCUUGAACUAUGGAAAGAAGAAGACAAGGAUUAUUCCAUCCGAUGGCUCUACUACAACUCAACUAACCCUGAAAAGCAAAUUGACCCGCCCGUCCCUCUCGUACUGGAUGGAUGCGGCAGUGAAUUCUGUCCUCUGUCGAAGUACAAAAAUAUCACCCACAGGUUGAUUCCAGUUAACUGGAGGGAAGAGUGCAAUGAUACUGCAGAGAAAUUUAAGUUCCAGCCUUUUGAAAGUCCUGUUCAUGUUCCUGGACUAUCAUCUUCUGAAAAACUUGGCAUUCAAUGGACAGCAAUUGUCUUUCUCUUACUUUGUGUUUUACUACUUCAGAACAAUAAAUAAAAAAAAUAAUGCC